AUGGAAAUCCUUUCGGCACUGUUGAGUCUACCGCUGGCCCAGAUUGAAGCCGACGCAGCCAAGCUGCUGGGCGCCGGGAUCGCCAUCGGCUUGGGGCUGAUCGGCCCGGGCAUCGGCAUCGGUAUCCUGGGCGCCGCCGCAAUGAGCGCCAUCGGCCGCAACCCGGAGGCCACCGGCAACAUACAGACCAACAUGAUUCUUGGCAUCGCGUUUGCUGAGGCGCUGGGCAUUUACGCCCUGGUGGCCGCGAUCAUGAUCGGCUUCAUUUUCUAA